AUGGCAAACAAACAAUCCAAAGUCGAUUCAUUAGAAGAACGAAUUUUCAAGCUUGUAGCUAAGAAUGAUAUACUUAGACAGGAAAACACUGAGAUCAAGUCUGAGAACAUCGAACUUAAAACUGAGAAUGCAAAAUUAAAACAGGCUUUGAAAGAACAUGAAUCCAGAUUUAUAAAACUGGAGCAGAACGAUAAAGAUACCGCUUCGGAAAAUGCCAAACUUAAAGCUAGGGUUGCGAAAUUGGAACAGAAACAGUUACAAACUGACAAAGAAAAGAGCAACCAUAUUAUAUUACAAAGUAAUGACCGUGCCAGCUUCACUGAUGCCUUCGCAUCUAAAUCGGAUGAUACCACCUCCAUUGAAACGGAAAAUUCUAACGAUGCUCCUGAACAGACAAACUUACAUUGUAAUGAGUCAGAGACUUGUGGCUAUACUAUUGAUACUCUUGCAAUUAAUAUAUCUGAUAACACUUCAAAUUCUGAUGUAUGUCAGGAGCUUUCAUCCCAAUAUUCCGCAUCACCCGUCUGCACAGAGAGUAAGUCAUCGGAAGACAAGAAAAUAGAUGAAUUCGUAGAUUCACUAUAUGAGGAACAGGUUAAAUUAUGUAGUGAAAAAGUGAGACCGAAAGUCCCACUUGAGCAAAACAGCAAAUCAGUGCCGAUACAGCCUGAAGAAACAAAAGUUUCGUAUAAUUAUAUAGUCGCCCAAGAUUUUAUUCAAGAAGUGUCUUCAAAGUUCACAGAUGAGGAAAUCAUCGAAGUCGUUGAUGUACUCACUACCAAUAUGACAAUAGAAGUUGAGCUAGCUCAUUUGUUUCUAAAAGUAAGUAUUGAAGAAAAAAAUACUAUACAAGCUAAACAGAAAGAGAUUUCAUGUCAUUACUCAUAUGGAAAAAGAUUUGAAAUGGGAGUUCAAAAACUUAUGGUAAAGGAAAACAUUUCAGAACAGACAGCGAGAAAACGAUUAUUCCAGGAUAUAAUAAAACACCUUUCUGGAUUAACUUUGGAAACCUUACGUAAAAGAACCCAAAGAUCUAUAAAACUUUACAAAUUAAUCGAAAAGAUAGGAGUUGAUAAGAUUAAGAAUAUCAAGACAUUCAGUGCGGAUUCUAUUUCAAAGUUUACACUGACAUGA